GGCAUGCCGGGAAGGGGUCAGGGGGAAGCACUUCCAUGCGCCGCGCGGCCGGGUUCGCCGCAGACAAGGGGCGGCGGCGCCACCUGCCGACGGAGCGGGGUACGUGCAGUGCCAGCCCCUUCCUCCGGGCUCAGACACAGACGUGUCGGCGCCACCUGCUGGCGGAGAGGGGCCAAGCUUUCGUCCAUCCAUAUGACAAGACUUCAUGCAUCUACCAAAACCCCAUCUUCAGGCCACUUGAGGGGCUGCAAGGAAUUUCAAGAGGGCCAAGAUGUUAAAUGCCAUUGUCACACGAAGGCAUGCAAAAUAUCUUCACCAGAUGGCUCGGGAUCAACAAGUCGCUCAAACUCGAUCCAGGAAUUUUCAGAAUCCUUUGAGAAGCAACUGCAUUUCAAAAUCAAGCGCUCAGUUUCUUUGCAACCAGAGGGCAUGAAGGAGAGGAGAGAGCGAGGGAGGAUGUGCAAGAGCAGAUCUCACAAGAAAGAGGGAGGGAAGAGGGAGCCAAAGGAAGAGCAGGAGGAAGGAGAAAGACCAGAGAUUUCUGCUGGAAAACAAAGCUAAUAGCUUCCAUCCUCAGGAGGCAUUAAAAGCGAGAUUUCUGCAUAAAAGCUUACAGUGUAUUGGAGCCAUUUACUGAAAGAGUAAAGUGAGUUUUGUUGUUUUGUUUUGAUUAGAUGGAAGAGGCCAGUUAGCUAAAGUAAAGUAAACCUUAAUUUUUAAAAUAAAAUGAUUACAGUGAUACUUUUGAAGCUGUGUUUCUAUUGUCCUCUUUUUACUUUCUCCAUUAUAAGCGUGACACUUGCUUUAAGGAGAGUGCGUGCCUAGUUGGAUCAAGGUUUAAGUGAGCCCUGCAUCAUUUUAAUCUGGAUUUCAGUCAGAUUUAGAUUUAUCACAGCAGUGGACAUGCUCAUUUAAAAGGAGAAUGAACACAGAUUGCAGACCCUUGCAAAAUCACACGUAACCCGCUUCAUUUAAAUUUUUGUUAAAAAUUGGAAAUUGAGCCCAGACUUACCAAGAGGUUUGAGAAAGAAAAACAUCACACAAACUGCCAAGUGCUGCACAGCUCUGAUAGUUGGUUUGGUUUGUCUUGUAAAUGAAAAAUUUCUUUUUUUAACCACCCCCCAAACAUUUAUUGAAGCAAUAAAACAAAAGGGAAUACACAGCUUUCACUGAAUAUAUCACUGGCUCUGUUUGAAUCCAGGCUCUUGCUGCUGCCCCGCCCGUCCCUCCUAUACCUCAUUGCUUCAUCCCACCAUGUUUCCUUACCCUUUACUAUUCCUCCGUGUUACCCUUGCUCCACCUCAUCUCUCCCCACCAUGCCCCCAAUGUCAAGUUCCCCACCCGUGAACUAAUGCAUCCUCCCACUUCUGCCCCCAGGCCUCACUCAUCUACCUCAAUCUCUCUUGUGCUGAUCCUCCCCGCCCCAUUUACUGUCUCACUUACCCACUCCACAAUUCCUGUGAACCCUCAUUGUCUCAUUUCCGACCUUAUCUCUCUUAUGCCCCUGUAAUCCAAAGACUUCCUCAAUAAAACCAGACUAACCCUCACCAAUCUGUGUUCUUCAGGGAGAUUGCCAAGAGAGAACAUUGCUCCCACAAUCCAACGAAGCAGGAAUGUUCAGUGGAAGGGUAGCAGCCCUUUACCUUUACCACUUGUUCCACUUCCAUGAUUAGGGUCUUUGCCAAAUGAAGGGAGCUGGGCUCCUGGUCUGCCUUUUCUAAGCAGGGCCUAGAGAAGCCCCAUCUCCCAAAGGAUGAAGUUUCCCUGUACUCAGGGGAAAGUCCCACCACAUAUGGGCAAGAUUUCCUUCUGGGCACAGGAAAAAUCUGCCCAGGUGAUGGGACUUACCUCAGCAGAGGGAAAAAAAGAACUAGAUAAGUUCAUGGAGGAUAGGUCCAUCAAUGGCUAUUAACCAGGAUGGCCAGGGAUGGUGUCCCUAGCCUCUGUUUGCCAGAAGCUGGGAAUGGGCGACAGGGGAUGGAUCACUUUAUGAUUAUCUGUUCUGUUCAUUUCCUCCGGGUCACCUGGCAUUGGCCACUGUCGGAAGACAGGAUACAAGGCUAGAUGGACCUUUGGUCUGACCCAGUAUGGCUGUUCUUAUGUAACCCUCCCUAUUAUGGGAAGGGCUUUCCUAGGCUUUGCCUAUAGAAAACAAGGACAGGAUAACACUGUUAGGGAAGAUGGAAGGCUAAUGACAGUACAGGCAAGAGUAAAAAAUUUUUUGGUUGUCCUAACUGUGAUUUUCCAUGAUUAGCAAAAAUCUUGUCACUUUAAAGCAAAGUAGAGCCUUAAUUUUGAAUUUCCAAACUUUUAAAAGUUUAGGUUAUCUGUAAAGCUUUUCAAAAACUUAGCUCCAUCUUAAUUUUGUGUUUGUUUCGGAGUAGAAAAAAGGUGAUUGACCUGUAGUUAGUGUCUGUUAAAUGUUUUUCCUUUGUAGCAAAUGUUAUUAAAUUAAUAAACACAAAUGAAAAAACUAAA